AUGCUUCGAACAACAUUAAGAACAAUACCAAAACACCACAACAACAGCAAGGUGCUUGCUAGCAGCGGUAGAAAGCUUGUCUAUCCUGCCAUCAACGUACUUGCAGUGAAACGAUUGCAAUCCAGUCUUACUGCAGAAACAAGCUACGAAGAAGAAACUCAUCACCAACCACAGCAACCCUCUACCAUUGUAAAUAUAAAAACUCCCGUAAAUACAACACCCCUUAAUGUAUCACCUAUAAGACGCUAUGAUGAAAUUACCAGUAAUGGACUAGUGAGAUCAGAUCCAGGACAACGAGAAGUGAUAAAGAAGCUAGACGAUUUGUGGUACGAACUUAGACAAUAUAAACCCAAAGCCUACAAAGAGCAAGGCAAAUCUAGAUCUUGGGGCAGAUGGUUUGGCUAUAGAAACCAAGAACAUGACCUGAUACCCGUAGAUCACAAUGUACCAAAAUCAAUGUAUGUAUACGGUAAUGUGGGCACUGGAAAGACCAUGGUGAUGGAUCUGUUUUUCGACACACUGGCCAUCACUCGUAAACGGCGAGUUCAUUUCCACGCAUUCAUGCUGGACGUACACCAACGACUUCAUCAAAUCAAGACCAAGUUUCCUGCAUUAGCCGAUCCUUUGGCACCUAUUGCCGAUGACCUCGUCAAGGAAGCCUACGUGCUGUGUUUUGAUGAAUUCCAAGUAACCGACAUUGCAGACGCCAUGAUUCUACGUAAUCUCUUUGAAGAGCUGUUUCGUCGAGGCGUCGUGCUAGUGACUACAUCCAAUCGCCAUCCUACAGAACUUUACAAGAACGGUAUUCAACGCACCUCAUUCCUACCCUGCAUUGACUUGUUGAUGAACCGCUGCGAUGUGUUGUGUUUGGACUCAGGCACAGAUUACCGCAAAGUGGAGCGAGCUCAAUCACAUGUCUUUUUCUAUCCGCUGAACCGUGACACGACGCGGAAGAUGGAUUUACUGACACAACGACUGACGCAUGGACAGAAAAUGACGCCCAAGGAUCUUCAUUUCCUAUCUCGUACACUGACCAUCCCAGAACAAGUCAACGGCGUGGCCAAGAUGCGAUUUGCAGACGUGUGUGCUCAACCACUGAGUGCAGCCGACUAUUUGGAAAUUGUCAAGAACUUUCAUACCGUCAUUCUGACGGACAUUCCACGCAUGACCAUGAAGCAUCGAGCAGAAGCACGACGAUUCAUCACCUUUAUUGAUGCCAUGUAUGAGUCACAUGUGACACUAGUGGCAAGCGCAGAAAAUAGUAUAUUGGAGAUAUUUAAUGCAGAUGAAGGCAUGGAACACUUGGAAGAUGAGAUGCGUGCUAUGCGAGACAGCUUGGAAGUAGGUGAUAUUUCGUCGCCUUUGUUUACGGGUCAAGAAGAGGCAUUUGCAUUUCAAAGAGCGUUAUCAAGAUUGAUCCAGAUGCAGAGCACCGAGUGGGUUCGUGAUGAAGUUAAGCUGGAUUCUCCCUGA